UUUCACUUUUCUCGACUUAUUUCUACGCAUGGAAUACCGGUAUAUUACGUCGGUUCAGCUGUGCACAACCAUCAAGUGAAGACCCGCAUGCAUGGAUGGAACGACUUCUCUGACAACUCCAACUUUCAUUUCCAUGAUUUUCCAACUCCAUUUUACGAUCUCAACCAAAAUGAGCUUCCCGUUUCUUCUGACAAUACCGUUUCCAGACAUGCCUCAAACAAAUUCCCUUUACACCUUAUUGAAUCCUUAUUUGAGGUCCUUAUAAACCUAGAAGAACCCAUUUCUGAACUAUUAAACUCUCUCUCACUGAUUGCUCGGCGAGUCGUAGUUGUUCAUGACCCUCUCAUGGCAUUUGUUGCAAAAGAAGCUUCUUCCAUUCCGAAUGGAGACUCAUAUUGUUUCAAUGUUUGUUCAGCUUUUGGUCUUCUGUAUUUCAAAUGGGUGAGUCUUGGAUGCUCAUAUUCCAUACCUAACAUUCAGACUCUUUGCGAGUACUUAACUGCUGAUGAUCAUCUCUCAAAAAUUGACGGUUCCUUUCCCGACGCCUUUCUGGCGCUUAUUGCUUCGCAAAUGGAAUUCCAACAAUUUGAUGUUGGUGAACUUCAUAACACAUGCUAUCCAUUGGAAAGUAAGUUUAUCGAUCUGUUAGGCCAAGAGCCAUUUCUUGCGCAAGACCAUCGGCAGUGGGCAUUAGGUCCAUUGAACGUCGUAACAGUAGAUUCAACAGAGAGCUCCGAGUCUCGUCAUGAAUGCUUGGUAUGGCUAGAUAGCCAACCAAAGAAUUCAGUUAUUUAUGUGGCGUUCGGGGCAACGAUAACAUUAUCACACGAAGAAAUUAUGGAGCUCGCAACUGGACUUGAGCAUAGCGAACAGAGGUUUAUUUGGGUCUUGAGAGAAACAGACCGGGCAGACGCUUUUGUUGAUGGCGGCGAAGCUUGCAACAUCGAAUUGCCAGAAGGUUAUGAGGAGAGGAUGGAAGGCAUUGGUAUGAUAGUAAGGGAUUGGGCACCACAAAUCGAGAUCUUGGCACACCCAUCAACUGGAGGAUUCUUGAGCCACUGUGGUUGGAACUCAUGCAUGGAGAGUUUAACUAUGGGUGUGCCUAUAGCAGCUUGGCCGAUGCACUCGGAUCAACCUUGGAACACUGUAUUGGUGACUGAUGUGUUGAAGGUUGGUCUGGUUGUUAAAGAGUGGGAAAGUAGAAGCGAGGUCAUAUCUUCGACCAUGAUAGAAAGUGCGGUUAAGAAGUUGAUGGUUUCGGAAGAUGGACAUGAAAUGAGAGAGCGAGCAGAGCAAUUAGGCGUUGAUGUUCGUAGUUCUGUGAUCUCUGAAGAUGGAAGCUCAAAUGCGGAGUUGAAUUCGUUCAUUGCCCAUAUCUCUAGGCCCUAGGAAAUGCCUUAUGACAACUAUUAGUACAUACAAAUAAAUUGUGGUUCAUAACCAUGUACUCUUCAAUUUUCUUUUUCUUCUGCUUCCUUUUUCGUUUUUGGUGUGUUUGGAUUGAGUUUUAUUUACGAGAUCCAG